AUUUUGAAAAUACUGAUGAAACUAUAGAUAGCUUUCUAUAGCUAGAUUCUGAUGAUUCAUUCUGUCAUUAUUUUUAUGUGUAUAUUGUAACAUUAUUGUUCCUAAUUUUACAGGCCCCAUAAUGAUUCAGAUUUUACAGAAAUUAGCAUGGAGGAUGAUGAAUCUCACAUGACAGGUGAAUUUGACACAGUGGAUGCGGAGACUGGCUUUUGGGAUAAAACCAGCCUUGCGGCUGAAAACAAGGGGGAAGCCAACAACUUGAGGGAUGGUGUCAGCCUUGCAGUUGGAAAUGGCAUAGAAAAUGCAGUCAACCUUAAGAACGAAACUGGCUUGAAUUAUGAAGCCGACCUUGCUGACAUUAGCAUGGAGGAUCCUGCCAACAAUUUGAGGGAUGGCGUUGGCCUUGCAGUUGGAAUGGAAAAUGAAGCCAACCUACAGAAUAAAACUGGCAUGAAUGAUGAAGCUGACCUUGCAGCUGACAAUAGUGAAGAUGAAUCUAGUGCUGAGAUUGAGUCUGGUAUGGAUAACGAGGCACAGAGAACAGCCUUAUCACUCCGUUCAUCUAUGGGAGAUGCAUACUUAGAUGGUCCAAGUACUGAUCCAGAAACUCUUGAUGAUUUUGGUCUUCUUCAAAGACCUUUCAGCUAUAUAACUGAGAAUUUCAACCAAGAGCCUGAGGUAUGUUAAUUAGAUUUUAUGGUUACAAUUUUUUAUCUACCUGAUACAUAAGAUUACAAAUACUGUACUACUCCACACUCUGUGUUGGCAGAUCUUGUUAAAGUAUUUAUGUGUACUGUGAGUAAUAAUUCAGUAAAUAGCAUAAAUUACAAAUAUUAA